AUGGCAUUGGUGGAUCACUGCCUGGUGGCAGCGUACUGGACGACUCUGGCAAGCAACCCGAGCGUCGGCUACUCGCCGAGCGCGAGCAUGGGGGCUAGUUACGCGCCGGCGUCCAGCAACACGAGCGCCUUCACGCCGCCGCCUCUGUCAGCAGGCAGUGGCGGCCGGGGCGGGGGGAUAUCGCCAAACAGCGCGACCUACCCCCACGGCCACAGCCACCACCAACACCAACUUUCCGGGCAGGGGAGUAGUCUGGGUACUGCGACGGGCACUGGGGGCCAGCCGAACCAGCUUCCGAACAUAGACUACGAGCAGGCCGGUGUCGACUUUGUGUUGACCCUCGAGAACCCCUGCAUGAACCACCUCCCCUGGAUGCUCGAGCGGGCCGUCACAACCGGCAUCCGCGAGCCCUGCGGCCACGCGCUCAUGGCGUCCUGCCCACCAGAGCCCUUCUCCGAGCUCUCCCCCGACAUCCCCUUCGGCCAGCAACCCCAAGCCCAAAACGGCAGUGGCGGCGGGCAUACCCACCCCCACAACCACGCCCCCGCCGAACACCCCGGCCCCAACCCCAGCCCCGGCACUGGCGCGGUCCCGGGCCGCGGCCGGAGGCACGUGGAGGCUCAACAAGGGCGAUCUAACGACGCUGCUGGACCUCAGCAAGCGGCUGAACCUGGACGGCGAGAUCACCCCCGUCAUGGCCUGGGGCAUGGUGCUCGCGCACCCGCGCCUCGCCGAGCUGCGCCCGGAGGACUUUGCGCGCCUGGCAGAGGAGCUCGGCGGGAAGGUGCGCUGCUAUGGGUUUGGCGCCGUCAUGGAGGAGUUUGA